AAAAGAAAUGCCAAACGCUAGACGCGUAUUAUCAGUCACUCUCUUAGCGGCUUUGAUAGCCACAUCACAAGCUGUCCUUAAUGGCGGUAGCUGUAGUGCAGCAACAGGUUUAACAUGCCCAGAAAAGAAUCCAUGUUGUUCUGAAUUCGGUCACUGUGGUGAUACAGUUGCGCACUGUCGCGGUGGUUGUGAUCCACGUGUAUCUGCUCCAAACGCAUGCUCAAAUGUUCCAAUUUGUGAAGAUUUAGAAAUUAAGGCAUUUGACAGAACUGCUUGGUCGCGCGUUACUCAAAAACCAGAAGAUUAUAAUGGCGAAGCUGAUCAGUAUGACUUUACACUUGAUAAAGGUGACAUAACGAGAGAAGAAAACAUGCUCACAAUGAUUAUGGAUGAAGAUAACAAAGGAACACGUUUGUCAUCAACUAGAUAUAUGCUUUAUGGUGAAUUUAAUGCUAGAAUGAGAGUAACUGGUACUAAUGGUGUUAUCUCAACAAUGAUUUUAAUGUCAGACAUUCACGAUGAAGUUGACUGGGAAUUCGUCGGUGCUAAAACCGGUGAAGGUCAAUCAAACUAUUACUAUCAAGGCGUCACGGAUUAUACCAAUGGAGAUACCCACAAAUUCCCAACUGAUGGCCAAUUCCACGACUUUGGCUUCAACUGGCAAGAAGACAAGUUGGAAUGGAAGAUUGAUGGACAAGUUGUACGCACAUUGAGAAAGGAUGACACAGUCGGAUGGGAUAAAAAAGCACAUUAUCCGGAAUCACCUUCUAGAUUACAAUUCUCAGUAUGGCCAUCAGGUAUUGAAGAUGUUUCACCAGGUUCAUUCGAAUGGGGUGGUGGUAAGAUUGACUGGUCAAAAGGACCAUUUAAGGCUACUAUCCAAUCUAUUUCAAUAAAGUGUGGACAAUCUAGUGAAGUUCCUAUCGGACCAGAUGAUAUUAGCUGGGAGUACAACAAUCAAACUAGCAGCCAAAUAGCUUUCCAAGCAUCACCUGAGCCAUAUAAAGCAAGCAGUGGAGGAUCUUCUCUUCACGUUUCAUCACCAUUUACUUUAAUGCUUUCAUUAUCUUUCGCACUCUUAUAUUUAGUUAUUUAG